GAAAAGCAUUGGCAUAUCGGCUAUGCACAUGCAGCUCCUCAGCAACGAUCGCGUCGUAGUCUUCGAUCGCACCGACUUCGGCCGUUCUAAGCUCUCCUUGCCCCAUGGCAAAUGUCGAAAUGACACCAAAGACUUGGCCCUCCAAUAUGACUGCACCGCUCACUCCGCAGAGUAUAAUGUACGUAAAAAUUCCAUACGUGCCCUUAUGGUCCUGACCGAUACCUGGUGCUCUUCCGGUGCCGUCUCCCCCAACGGCACCCUCAUCCAGACCGGUGGAUUCAAUGACGGUGACCGUGUUGUCAGGUCUUUCCAGCCGUGUUCUACUUGUGACUGGCAAGAGAUUUCAAAUGGACUCAUUCAACGACGUUGGUAUGCCACCAAUCAAAUACUACCGGAUGGACGGAUCAUCGUGAUCGGUGGGCAAGAGAACAAUUACGAGUUCUAUCCCAAAACCUCCACAUCCGCUACUGUAUUCUCCCUAACGUUUCUAGAACAAACCAGUAAUCUCUACCCUUUUGUUCACCUCAAUGUGGAUGGCAACUUAUUCAUCUGCGCCUACAACGAAGCAAUCUUGUUCAACUACACAAGUAACUCUGUCGUACAUACUUUUCCCCCAAUUCCAGAUUAUCAGCCUCGUACCUACCCAUUCACCGGAUCCUCAGUUCUGCUCCCACUAAGGAACUUACAGUCUUCAUCGGUGGAAGCCGAGGUACUCAUCUGUGGUGGAGCACCAUGGGACUCAUACCAGGAUGCCACUUCAGGAAACUUCACCGCUGCCCUAAAUACAUGUGCUAGGAUCCGAAUCACCGACCCGAAUGCGGCAUGGACAAUGGAGACAAUGCCCCUCGCUAGAGUGAUGGGAGACAUGACGUUACUCCCCAACGGCCAAGUCUUGAUCAUCAACGGUGCCCGAAGGGGGCUUGCCGGUUGGGAAUAUGGCCGAGAUCCGGUGUUCUACCCUGUUCUCUACCUACCCGAUAACAUAAACGGGUCGUCUCGCUUCCAAGUACAAAACCCAACUACCAUUCCACGUAUGUACCAUUCCACUGCAGUCUUACUCCGUGACGGUCGAGUUCUAGUGGGAGGAAGCAACCCCCAUCAGUACUACAACUUCACCGGCGUUCUUUAUCCCACGGAAUUAAGCUUAGAGACAUUCUCACCUCCUUAUUUGGAUCCCAGAUAUUCGAGAUUCCGUCCUACGAUCAUCGCCCCAGCCGCAUACACCAAGCUGAGGUAUGGGCAACGAUUUUUGUUACGCUUCUCUGGUACUGAUCAGGUGUACGUGAACCGGAGGAGGUUAGCAGUGACAAUGGUGGCUCCAUCCUUCACCACGCACUCUUACUCCAUGAAUCAGAGGCUGUUGGUAUUGGAUAGCAGAAAUUUGAUUGCGGUGACCAAGUCGUCCUAUGUCAUGGCAGUGACCACUCCCAAUUCACCUUUCCUGGCACCUCCUGGCUAUUAUCUUUUAUUCUUGGUUCAUCAUAAUAUACCUAGCGAGGGGAUUUGGGUUCAACUAAUCUAG